AUGGUCCUCCACUCUUGGUCUGCCCCUCCACUUUCAUUCCCCUGCAGCUUUGCCCUCCACCACUGCAGCUUUGCCCUCCACCACUGCAGCUUUGCCCUCCACCACUGCAGCUUUGCCCUCCACCACUGCAGCUUUGCCCUCCACCACUGCAGCUUUGCCCUCCACCACUGCAGCUUUCCCCUCCACCACUGCAGCUCUGCCCUCCACCACUGCAGCUUUGCCCUCCCCCACUGCAGAUUUUCCCUCCACCCCUGCAGAUUUUCCCUCCACCCCUGCAGAUCUGCCCUCCACCACUGCAGCUCUGCCCCAUUGCUGAUCUUCUUUAUUGCUGAACAUCCGUCUACCGUUGCUGAACAUCCGUCUACCGUCUCCCAUUCCCAUCCUCUCUCAUCCACUCCCUUCACCACUCAUCCUCUCCCUCACCAUGCUGCAGCCACGUGGAUACCCCCACAGCACGAGACGGGCCUUCUUCUCACCUUUUACCCUCUUCUGUUUCAAAUCCCUCCCCUCUCCCACCUGCCGCACCCCACAGCAAGAGGCAGGGCAUUUCCUCAUCUCCUAUCUGAUAGGCAUUCCCCCACGCAGCUUCAAUCUCUCACCUUCCCACCUCCCACCUCCUUCACUCUCUCAUCCCACCUCGCACCCCCUCCCACCCCACAGCACGAGGCAGGGCAUUUCCUCAUCUCCUACCUGAUGGGCAUCCCCUCACGCGCCUUCACUCCCUCACGUUCCAACUAUCCCGCCUCCCACCUCCUUCUCUCUAUCCCACCUCCCAACUCGUUCUCUCUAUCCCAUCUCCCACCUCCUUCACUCUCUUAUCCCACCUCGCACCCCCCUCCCACCCCACAGCAUGAGGCAGGGCAUUUCCUCAUCUCCUAUCUGAUGUUCAUCCCUCCACGCAGCUUUACUCUAUCACCUUCCCACCUCCCACCUCCUUCACUCUCUUAUCCCUCCUUGCACCCCCCUCCCACCCCACAGCACGAGGCAGGGCAUUUCCUCAUCUCCUACCUGAUGGGCACCCCCCCACGCGCCUUCACUCCCUCACGUUCCAACUAUCCCGCCUCCCACCUCCUUCUCUCUAUCCCACCUCCCAACUCGUUCUCUCUAUCCCAUCUCCCACCUCCUUCACUCUCUUAUCCCACCUCGCACCCCCCUCCCACCCCACAGCACGAGGCAGGGCAUUUCCUCAUCUCCUACUGCUUCGCUCUCUCCAACCUGGAUGCGUAUCAGUGCCACUGGUUCUCGACUCAACGUGCAGGCCGGCACCACCUUCCUCGACCUUUUCUUCCAGGAGCAGACAAGAACGUGCCAAAUCAGAUCCGAUUUUUCUCCCUGUCGCCUUUCCCAUCGUCGUCCUCGUCGACGGUUGCUCUCUCCCUGAAAUGCCCGCCUCCUAACGCCUUUCUUCUCUCCCCUCCCAUCGACUGCUCGCUCUCCCUCCCGUCGCCUUCUUCUCUCCCCUCCCGUCGCCUGCUCGCUCUCCCUCCCGUCACCUUCUUCUCUCCCCUCCCGUCGCCUUCGCGCUCUCUCCCCCGUUGCCUUCGCGAUCUCCCUCCCGUCGACUGCGCGCUCUCCCUCCCGUCGCCUUCGCGCUCUCUCCCUCGUAGCCUUCUCGCUCUCCGUCCCAUCGCAUGGGCGCUCUCCCUCCCGUCGCCCUUGCAAUUUCCCCUCUCUUCCCGUCGCCCACUUCAUCUCCUAUCGCUCACGUCCUCCCUUCCCGUCGGCAUCGCGCUCACGUUCCUCCCUCCACUCGACAUCGCCCUCACGUCCUCCCGUCCCGUCGUUCGCCUCCUCUCUCCCAUCCCGUCGUUCACCUCUUCUCCCCUCCCACCCCAUCGUUCGCUUCCUCUCCCCUCCCAUCCCGUCGUUCGCCUCCUCUCCCCUCCCAUCCCGUCCCACCGCACCUGUUCUUCUCCAAUCCAAUCGUUUUUUUUCCUUUCUUUUCCUACUUCUCCUCCCUCCCCUCCUGUCCAAACACACAUCUCCUCUCAAAAUCCCUUCCACCCCCCUUCUACCCCACCCCCCCUCCUCCUCCCCCACCUCCCCCACUCCCCUUCCCCCUUCCCCCCAAAAAAGCUUCUCCCACUCAUUGCGGGUGCUGGCACAGAAGCUCCUCCCAAGAACAUGCAGCUGAAACGGCAGUCAUGGGCCACCACGUGUAUGAAAUAUGCCGCAUGCCUGCUUUCCAACCCGCAUGACAGCAGGAAGGGGGGAGAAGGGGAAGAGGGGGGAGGAGGGUUGGAAAACAGACACAUGGAUGAUGAUGAAGUGGCACAAGGAGCUGACCACCCUCCUGGACAGCGUAUGGCAUCAUGA